AGCUCUUAUUCAAAGAUGGCGGCCUCGUCUCCUUCAAUACCUCAACUUUUUACUGAACUAGAUCGAUUUGGAAAGGAUGGAAAUUUCGAAAAGGCCCAGAAAAUUGCUAAUAAAAGUAAGGGUAAUUUUUCUAGCCCACCAUAGAUUGUUUUCUCAUUCUUAUUGAUCCUACUCUUUGUUUUAUAGUUUUACAAGAAAAACCAGAUGAUAAGGAAGCAUUUCAUUGUAAAGUUGUGUCGCUGAUUCAUCAGUCUUGUUUUCGAGAAGCUGUGGAUGUCAUCAAUUCGGCGCCCAAAAAGGGGUGUGUACAUGUUUAGCCUUUUUUCAGUACUAUUUCAUAAAAAAGACGUAGUUUAAUGUACUAAUCUUUUUGAAAAUAAUUUAUAAGCUUAGUAAUAAACAUAAGCUUAUUUAAAUGCCACUGGCUAUUUGUACAGGACCCGUGCACCGAUUUGUAUUUGCUUAUUCAUACGGGAUUAAGUCUCCUCUUGAAAUCUGUAUGAAAUUUCUAAGUUUCUUGAACUUUCUGAGCUGCUCAACAAAUGUUCAUGAAAGUGUAAGUUUCCUCAAUUUUUAAGGAAAAAAAUCAGUGGCAAUUCUUAAGGAAAAAACUUCAGUGUGGCAAGAUUGAGAAUCGAACCCGGGACGUGGCAUCUGCAACCGACUACCUAAAUCACUAUACCAAUGAGCAUUCGCUACUAAGUAAGUCUUUGAUUUCAUCAUGUACAUAGCAACAACACUAACCCUAGAUAGAAGCUAACCAUUAUGAGUCAGUGAUAUGGUCAGUGCUUUACCCUAAUCAACAAAGUCAGAAUCCUAUAUGAGUCACAAAUGCAAGUUGGUGUACAGGCCCCAGACAAAUAGCCACUGGGUAUUUUAAAAAUUAAAAGUAUGUAAUAGAAAGUUAAGAAAACUUAAAACUUUAUGCACACAGUCAUCUACAUGUAUCUACGUACAAAUCCACCCCCUAACUGUGAGCAGGCUUUUAACCAGACAUUGAAAACUGGCCGUCCAGGAGACAUGUUUUCCCAUAAAAUUAUAAGAGAUUAAGUGAUUUUUCCUUGUAUUUCUUCCAUAAAUGAGUGUCCAUAGGAUGGCUGGACUCCCUUCUGGCUACAACCUUGACCACAAGGGACAUUUUGCAGGAGAGACAUCUAUACUUCAACAACAGAAAUUCCUUACUAAUAGCCUAAAAUCUGUCUGGAAUCUGGUCAGCAGCUUCAAUUGGUUAACAGAGUAGUUACAAAGUUUAAAUGUAAAGAGGAUGAAUUUAUGACAAAAAAGUCAAUAUUCUUGGAAUAUAUUACACCAACAGACUAGGAGAAACAUAAACUCAAAGCAAAUUUAUAUUUGGAACCCCAUGACUACCAAAUCAAUUAUGCAAUCAUUGAUUUACUUUAUCAGUCUGGUAUUUCUGUCAUUGACGUGUAGAGAUAUCUGAGGAUUGGGGAGAGAUGGCUAUAUUUGCGGGCUAACAGAUGCCUGUUUUAAUUUGACUUCGAGGGUUAUUACAAAAUUAAAUACAAGUAUCACUUUCAUGUUUAGCCCUGGUCAUAUGAUUGCAAGCAACCCAGGUUUCCCUCCUCCUUUGCUUGCGCAUACCAAUUUUCGUGUUUUCCUUCCACUUGAAUGCCUGUGACACAGGCAGAACUUUUGUCUUUCUCGGUAACAAUUGCAUGUUCAUGUUGCCGUUAAUUUUUGUGUAUCAGGUAAUUUCUGUUUUUCCUUUGUUUCAAAUCAUUAGCAUACAUCAUCAUACCCAAAAACAAAGGAAAAAAUAAAAAUUACCUGAGAUAAAAAAUUAACUACAACACAUACAACAAGGCUGGUUUCCAUAUAUGUGUAUCACACAGCCCAGACAAAAUUAGCCAGUAACCAGCAAAUUUAACUUCUAACAGUGGAUUAUUUGUCACCUACUCAACAACGAGAUUUAAUGAUACAACAAACUGAAUGCAGUUCAGGGAGAUUGCUAUCCACCAAGGCUGAUAACAGUCUCCAAGAAGUUAUUAGGGACCUCAAGAUCAGAUGACGGCAAUGGAGAAUGUCAAAAAAGACAGUGAUAGGUUUAAUAAGCAGAACAACAACUUUGCACGUGCAUCAUGCUUUUUAGUACAUUUCUUUACCAUUUUUGUACGACUACAACUUGAGAAUACCUAAUUUCAUGUUUUAUAGAGGGCAUAAAUAAGCAAUGCCAAAAAUAAUUUUCUUUCUCUUUCUUACUUUGGAUAAGGCUCUUAGGAAUUCAAAUCCAGGAGAGUUUGCAUACAUUCAACAAAGUAAGCAAGUUGGAAAAAUCACAAUGAAGAUUAAAACUGCGAACUCAGUUUUUAAGGGAAGUUUUACCUGCUAUCGCCAUUAUCUUAAGGUCCCUAAUUAUUUAUCUCACAGAUAUAAGUCUUGGAAUGAAACUGGUAUUUAUAUUAAGCAUCUUAAACAAAAGUCAUUAUUCAUCAACAGAGUAUAACUAGACACGAAAAACUUCAUUCUGGAGAUACUUAAAGUCUAUUGAUCUCUGUAAAAUUCAACCUUUUUUGUUUAUCUCUUAACAGGAUAAACAUUGAACUCCGCUUUGAGAAAGCUUACAGCCUUUAUCGCCUUAACAAAGCCCAGGAGGCUUUGAAUAUAUUGAAUGCUAUUGAUGAGCCUACACAGCAGGAGAAAGAACUCAAAGCACAAGUGGUAUGGAUGUUUUAAUUUUUUUAUAAAAAUGGUGAUUCCCUGAAAGGACACCUCUUGUAACUCUUACUUGCACAGUCAUAUAGAGAAUUUUUUCAUGAUGUUAAGCCACAUAUUGAUGUUCCAAAAAGAAUGACAUGCCAGCCAUGUUGGUGUUCCGAGCAAGUCUUGUGGUAGUUGAACUUUUUCAUAUAUAAACACUUUCAUUUGUUCUGGAAUGAAUUUGCAUUGAUGCUGGCCAUGUGAGUGAUUAAAAUAAAAUUUAGGUUAAUUUGUUUUAGUCUUGCUUGAUUCUCAAUGUCCUUUAUCUCCUACCUCUAGGUUAUGAAUACUUGGGGCUACCAAACAGUCAGCCCUAGGGUUUUAACCUGAAUUUAAUUUUAACCUGUAAAUCACAUUAUUAUGUACAACAUACAACACAAGAUGAUAAUUAUAAUCCAAAGGUCAUUGAUCAACCUUGUUCCCUGACUCCUCUUCUUCUCAUGGGCUCUUACUCACUCUGGGGGAUGAGGAGGAAAGGAACCUGGGAAUGAGAUGGGGUCACACCAGUACAAUGCAUGUGAUGCCUGAAAAUAUCAUGUUUCUUUUCUUCCCGAUAAAAUUUUACAUUUGCUUGUAACCAAUCUGCAUACUAUUAGGGUGUCCCUAUAGUGUAGCUCAGUCCACAAAAUUAUAGUUUUAUCGAAACCAUUUUCUUCUGUCUUCUCUCUUUUCUCUUUUUCUUUAUCUAUUUUUCAUAACAUUACUUAAAUUUUUUUUGAUUUUUUUUUGUUAUAGCUGCUAUCUAUUUCACCAAUCUGUGUUAUUUUACUUAACCUGAUUCCAAAUUAUCAAAUCACUAUGCUUGGAACUGUUGAGGGGCUAAGUUCAAUCCACAACAAAAUAAGUUCAAUCCACAACAAAAUAAUAAUAUCUCCAACAGUCUAUGAUCUGAAUUCUCUAGUUUGCUCAUUAAUUUAUCUCACAUGUUCUUUCUUGUUUUUAUUUUAGCUAUACCGACUUGAAGACUACAGGGCAUGUUUAGAAUUGUACAAGGACUUGAUAAAAAAUUCUCAGGUAAUUGCUGAAAAUUACCUUUUAUUUUUCUUUUCAAUACUUUGCUUCAUUUUAUCUUUGUAUAGCACUUGUUAUUGCGUGUUUCCAGCAGGGCUGUCACUAAAAUUUCAAGUUGCCAGGCGAGUAUAUACAAUCAGUAGAAGGGGAAAUGUCCAGCAAGGAAGUUCUUUUGGUUCCAUUUUCCAUUUUUUUCUUAUUAAAGUAGGCAGCCCCCAAGCUCAUAGCAGCCAGGGGAAAUUCCCUUUCCCCCGGCCCUUAGAGACAGCCUUUUUCCAGUGUGUUUGUCCUGUAUUCCCACAUAUGUUUAAGAUUUAGUUGAUAAUUUUUGGUUUGCAGGACGACUACGGCGAUGAAAGAGAAACUAACCUAGCUGCUGUUAUUUCUGCCGCCGCUCAGUGGGGUGGAUUGGAAAUGGUAAUAAACAAUGGACAUACAAAUGCAUACCAUUGAUUACUUUUAUUUGUCACUAAGCAACUUCUAGAUAGGAUUUUGAUAAGUCAUGUUAAAUAUUAUCUCUUGUAAAAUAGUCUCUUCACAUAAUGAAGUGUUUUAUCCGUGUCCUCAAAGUGUUUUUUGAGUGGAUUUGUUUAUUAUGCUCAAAUUUGAUGUCAGAAGCCCUGGUUGUUUAGCCUAACCCACAAUCAAUCCAAUAGUCUCAAUACCACUACAUCUACAGUGUAUACCCUCACACUUCAAGAUUUUUUCUUGUUUGCAGCGUGUUAAUUGAUUGUUUAUGUUUACUAGGAUGACCCAGGUUUGCGGGAAGAUACAUAUGAGCUGUGUUACAAUUCAGCCUGUCUUUCCUUGGGACAGAAUGAUGUAGAAGCUGCUGAAGUAAAAUUAAAGAAAGCAGAAGGUGUGAAAGACAAUUUCUGAAAAUUAUCUUCAGGCCAUUUUACUUUAUAGCAUAGUUUAGAAAAUAAGCCUUAAUUUAGAAGGGUCAGCUUCCCCGUGUAGGUGGUGUUUGGUUUCAUAGACAAAGUAAUGGCCACAGACAAAUCCUGGAUAGGACAGGAAUGCCCCAUAACGUUAACCCUGACCUUUUGCCAUUUAGUGAGUUACAGGGGCUGAUCCAAUCCAGUCCAAUCCUGGUUUUGUUGACACCUUGCACCAAUCACAUAUCGUGAUAUUAAAAGGGGAUCAGCAGUGCACUAUAAAAUUUACAUGUUUGUUGAUUUUCAAUUAAAUUAAUCAUUCUAUUAUUGCCCAAUUUGGUUAUUUGUAGAAACAUUUGCCAUAAGCCCUUAAACAAAGUUCUAAUUGAAAAAAGGGUUUGCUAGGCCCGUAACACUUUUUCCUGGAUUGGCUCCGUAAUUUUUACCCCCUUGACUGUGUUACUUGAUUCUCAAACACAAGAGUCUGAUGAAUUAUCAGUUUCCCAAAAGCGGUCAGCAAGUAGUUAACAAACAUCACGUUUCAUACAUGUAUUUUCUGAUUUCUGGUGAUUUCUUUGAAGUAGUGUAAAAACGUUUGUUUUCCUUUGUUUCAAAUCAAGGCAAUGAAUAUGAGACACAGACACAGAGACAGAAAUUUUGCAAAAUUAGAUUUUGAACCACCACUUAAAUGCUAACCUAGGUUAGAUAUUACAGAUCAUCCACAGGUCAGCCAUUUACAGUGUAUGUGACAAUGUAUGUCACCAUAUUAUCCUUUGAAAAUUACUGAUUCAUUAUUAUUAUUUAAACUUUUUUGUAUUUUUUAGAGUUGUGUGAGACAAGUCUUCAAGAUGACCCUGUAAGUUUUGUAAAUACAGUGUACCGGUAAUAAUAUUCACUGUUUUUAAGUGAAUUGUACCUUUGAAAAAUGUUGAUAAGAAAAAAAUAAUAAUUAAGUUAUCCUUUGGCUUAAAGCGAUUAAAAAAGGGUACAAACUUUUGACAACCUUUCUACAGUCUUCAGGAAGUAAAAAAAUGAAAAUUCAACAAAAAUUCUAAAAUACCCACAAUCUGAGUAUUGAAACUAUGUAUAGGUCAAUAAAUACCCUGAAACACACUGCAUAAAAUUAUCAAUAAAGUGUCCAUUGUAAAUUUUGUUCUAUAUGUGGAUAUUUGAUAGAAUUACUAGCACAUUAAUGCGAUGGUUGUAUUAUUAAUAAGAAAUUUGGUAAAUUGUUGUGAAAAAUUGAUAACUCUCCUCAUCUUGUUGGCCAACAACUGAAUAACAGUCAAUUGAGAGUAGAUUGCAGGCGUUGUUCUUCACAAUUUGCCAGAAAUUGAGGGCCAGUUAUUUAAAUGGAGUUUAGCCAGUGUUUAACAAAACCCCAUUCUAACUGAUUUGUUUGCUGAUUGAUUUGCUGUAAGCACCAUUUUUAUUGUAAAGAGUUACAUGAAAGCAUAUAUAUGGCGUAGACUAGAAAAGGAUUUUGUCUUCGUAAAAUGACCCACUAAGGAAGAGAUCUGAAGGUCCAAAGAUUUCCUAAACCAUAGUGUAUUAUAAAGAUAUACUUCGUUUUGAUAACUUCUUCAGGAUAUAGCAGAAGAAGAGAUAGAAGCUGAGAUGGGGGUUGUCAGGUUUGUUUUUCGUCUUUUUAUUCCAAAUCCCUUAUGGCUUGAAGUUUUGUUUUAGCCUAAGAAUGCAGUGUAGUUUUCUCUUAACUAUGGUACAUGCACAUAGUACUACAUGUAGAUCUAGAGGCACAACACCAGUAUACUGUUCUUACUUUAUAAAGUUGCACUUUGUUGUUUGAUUAUAAGUUUAGUAGCUGGUUAUAGUGGAUUGUAUCUAUGGUUUAGACACUUGGCCAAUGACUGUAGGAAAAAUAAUGAACCUAGAAAACAACGAACAUUGAAGACCAACUGUCUUCCUUAUAAAGCACAGCCCAGUCAUCAGAGUUAUGUUUCGUUCCAUUGCACUCUUUUACUUACAAUAUUGUUUAUGUCAUGUUAUCAGGACACAGCUAGCUUAUGCUUACCAAGUACAAGGAAAAAAUGAUGAAGCUCAGAAGCUCUACAAUCAAGUUCUCAAGUCAAAGUAUGGACAUCAUUCAUUCUUGAGUAUUUUCAUACCUAUAAUUUAAAUAUUGCAGCCAUCCAUAGCACUUCUCAGAACUCUUCUUUGAGUAGCAGUAGCUAUUACAUUAUUUUUUUGUUACUUUUCACUUGUGACAGACCAAAUGACCUUGCCUUAGCUGCUGUUGCAUCCAACAAUAUCAUCACACUGAACAAGGUUAGCUAUGUACAUGACAUUUUCAUAAGAAUGUUGUCAUCAACUCAGUUUCCAAUACUAAUAAUACCUCCAUGGGAAAUGACGAACCAUUGAUUUGUUGUUGUUGUUGUUGUUGUUUUUUUGGCGUGGGGGAUUGGAAACUCAUUUGAAAUUCAGUAUUAGGGCUAAGAGACAAAGAAAAUAUUGAGAAUCAGCCUGCUUAGGUUAAAAAAAUUUUAACAUGAAUUUAAUUUUGACCUGUAACAUAUAUAGUCAACCCUCGAUUAAAUCUCUCUAUGAAACAUUUGGAAGUGACCAAAGUCCAACUGAACAAGACAAAAAUUCCAAAUUUCAUCUUACAAAGUGCUGAAGCACAAUGAAAGUAGUGCCAAAGAAGUGAAAGAGUUUUUAUUUAAAUGGUCACAUCAUGGGAUUUCCCCCACAGACUCAAAAUUUAGAACCACCCAGGGGCAGAUCUAGCGGUGUAGGGGGUGCGACCCCCCCCCCCCCCACUACCUCUUAAGAUGAACUGCGGUUUAUUGUUCUUCUGCCCAAAAAAAGACUUUGUUUAUGGUUUAUUGGUUUUGAGGUAAGACAUGGGACGAGGUUGAAGAAUUUGGGUUAAACGCCGUAAAAGUGGUAGUUAAAAUGGUAGGUCUUUAGUGGUGUAACCCUCUUAAGAAAAAUCCUGGAUCCGCGCCUGCCACCGAACAAGAAUUCAUCAUUCCCUCUGAGAUCGAAAAGGUUAAGCCACAAACUUUGAGAAAGCAACCCAGAGACAUGUGGCUGGUUAACGAAGGCUGGAAGCGUAAUAGAAGGAUAACUGUAUUCAUCUUUCUCAUUUUCAUUACUAAGCUUAACAUUUACCACCUUUUUUCAAUGAAAUACGUUUUAGCCAGCAAACACACCAUUGUGCCAAAAAUGGAAAGUUUUUUUUUUGCUACAUCUUAGGACCGUGAUGUAUUUGACUCAAAGAAGAAAGUUAAGGCAACCACUGCUGAUGGUCUUGAACACAAACUGACGGCAGCUCAACAGAAAUCUUUACUGUUUAACAGAUGUCUUUUGUCCUUUUACUCGAAUCAGGUGAGAAAAAGUCUUCUUUGGUUUAAAAUUUGACCUCCCCAAUGCCGAUACGUCACCUUAGAACACGUCAGAAAGACAAUGAGUAAUUCUUGUAUUCUCUUCACCAGAGAGCCGUUCGACGUGCAAUAUAUCUUAAUGGCAUUAAUAAAGAAAUGUCCAUACAAAAGAACUAGGCAUUCUGUGUUGUUUCUUAUCUUUGGAAUGUAUAGAACAAUUUAUAUUUUAGAAGCAAGGUUUGUAUGAAGUAUGGAAAAACAUACAUGUAUAGACAGACAUUUCAUUAGUUUACAACUUCUUCAUGUGAAAGCCCUAUAGAAAGCGUUGCAAUCAACUUCAACUAAGUUGUAUGUUUUCUAAUAAAUCUUUCUCGAAUCUCAAUACCCUCAGUAUCCUCGCACCUUUUUAAAACUUAUCAUUUCAUCGGACCCCUGUAUGUCGCAUCUCUUUUGUUUAAGGGCUAAGUUUCAUUGUUAACUUUUUUGGUUCAUUGCUUUCCCAACCAAUCCUACAAGAUUUCAGCCGCAAGGCGUCUCCAUCCCCUUGUGGGGACUUAAAGAGGUUUUGUGUCCAAACGAACUAAUUUAAUCGGCAUCUGAGAUGUCUGUUUUAUAGAGGUAUCUGGUCUUCACCAGUAGCCUAUAAAUGGUUUGUCACGCAACGCGCCUUCCCACUGUGGAGAGAGGCAUUGCGUGACGAUUCUAGUGACAGCUGCAAAGGAGACUGAUUGAAAAAAUGUAAGAAGCGAAAUCAUGUUUACGUCUCUUUCUAAACAGCUUGAAGCUUGCCGUAACCUGAUAUCAACUCUUGAGGCAAAUUACGCUGACAGCGACUUUCCUUGCCUUAUGAAAGCUUCUCUUCUUCAUCGAGAGAAACACUCAGACAAAGCUGUGGAGCUGCUUAAGGUACAUGUACAAUAAACCCUGAAUAGAUACUUGUUAUCGUCAAAGAACGUUACAUGCUUACGGUACCAAACGCUUAACAGCCCUAAUCUCUCAACACUUACCUCAUUUGGGACAGAAACUCUGACUUCUUUUGAACUGCCACAUUAAUGUGGCUUUACAAAUGAAUGCCAUUAGAACGAUUAAUUAGUUAUAUAUACAUUCAUGAGAUUUCCAUGACACGUUUACUCUUACCCUCAAAGCAAAUCCAUUGGUUGUGCUCUUUUUAUACUCCCAUGGUUUUCCAAGGUUGGGGAUUCGCGUAAUGUAUAGUUAGCGGCACAUUUUAAGGACUUCCCUUGGAGAUCCUUUUAUGUUAAUAGCCCAAUUGAUUAUACUUCAUUUGUCUUAGCUUCCUGCAAAUUACCCUGGGUACUAGAGGUUUUCUCUCCCGUCCGUCGGGGAGCUUCGUUUCGUUGGCCGCAGGCCGCUACACGUGUUCGGCCGAAGGCCGAAGACACGAGCGGCGAAGCCGGAAACCAGAGACCGCGCAUGAAAAGCCUCUGACACCCAGGGUACCUGCAAAUCUGAUCGUUUGUUUUUUUCUUCUUGUUUUUUUUUUUUGCAGAAGUAUGCAGCCGAUCAUGAAGAUACUUCAAUGAGUGUUAAGCUUACACUGGUGCAGCUUUAUCUAGCACAAGGUUACUGGAGUUCUUUUUUCCCUAUUCUUCGUGGAGUAUUCUCCGGUCUCGGUUCUUUCACUAACUGUUUUAUAUAACAGUGGGCCAUCCAGUAUUUUUUUCCUACUUGUCUUGAAGUGUUGUUGUUUAUAAUUCAUGCAAAUUUGUGUUGUUUUGAGCAGUCACAGAGAUAUAGAAAUUAUCUGAAUCGUCUCUCAGUAAGGAAUGUCCUAGGUAUUUUGUUGGUAGUUAAUUAUUAACUCACUUUAACUCUGAAGAUGACUCAAUACCGCAAAGGUUAGACUACGAGCAGUUUCUCUUUUUUCUUGGUCCGUCGAGCAAAACGCCCGAGACACGUAAAUGACCACGCGCGUGACUGAAGGCGCGAGACGAGACGCCCUCGUUUCUCGCGUCUCGCGGCUUCUUCGCUCAACGUUCGCGCGCGCGUAGAUUCCUUUCACUAAAUCUGAAGAAAAAGAGAGACUGCUCGCAGUCUACACAAAGGUUUGUCGAAACUUCUGUCACUGUGUCAAUAACAGUGCUGUUCAGAAAAACGAUCAUCCUGAUGAUCAUGCUCUACCUGCUUACUGAUUAGAAAACUGCUCGGUCAAAUUGCGCUGAAUCAGUCUCUAUUACUCUUUGAUUCAUUCUGAAGUUGCGAUCUUUUGAACUCUCAGGAAACGUUCAGGAUGCUUGUACAAUGCUACGUUCAAUCAAAGACAUCGCUCACAAACCUGGAGUGGUAAGUCAUUACACUUUCUUUGUGUUCUCUCAAAUACGACAAAAUGCCAGCCUUUUAUUUCAAGACAAUCACAAAUGUUUAGAUGUUUAAAGAAGGGACGCGUAGGAGACAGUUCUCACCCAAAUAAAUAAUAAUGAACAGAAAGCUGGUUACAAGACCUUUGAACACAAUUUUUUACCUCAUGGUCAUUUGGUUUGAAAAACAAACAAGCAAGAGGAGAUUUAGUGUAAGAUGGUGAAAAAGACGCUAGGGUUUGCGCCCUGUUGAUCAUCUUGUUUCUUAUCGUGAUGGUUCUUAUCCAAUAAACCCACACAUAGAGUGUGUCAAGUUCAGCUGACUUGUUUUGUUCUUUUAUAACAAGGUAUCUUCUCUAGUGACAAUGUAUUCCCAUCUUGGUGACACCAACGCUGCUGUUACUGUCCUUGAUGAUGCUGUGGAGUUUGCGCAGAAGAACAAGGUAAGCAAGGAAGAAUAUUCCUGAGUAGUCCACCUAUCUCAGUCAUGGCAACCCUUACGAUUUUUUAUAAACGCUAAUGUAUGGAGGGAAAAGCCGUCUAAUCGUAGAGUGGGGCGAGGUAGAACACGCGAGAUACCCCAUUACACGCGGCCCUCUUCAGCGUACCUCUCGCGCGUGAUUCUUUGCAAUAUCGCCAAAGGCGGUCAUGGCUUGUGGACUAGAAUUCAAGAACGAGCAGCAGACCUUUUCGUACGUACUACAUGAAAGCUUUUUAUUUUCCAGCACACGAUGCGUCAAUCUGAAGUUCUCACACUAAUGAGGGAGAAUGUAGCGUACAAGUUACAUCAUGGCAAAGCGAAAGAAGCUGUAGAUAUGUUGGAGAAGUUACACAAGUAAGAACGACGUAAUUCUUUAUCAGUUGAGGUGUCACUGUUUUGAAACUACAGCUGGUUAAUUGACGGCCAUUCCAUUUACUAUCCAAACCCCACCCAACACCCCAAAGGUGAGACUUUCCGAGGUGGGCGGGGCUUCCAAUUUUUUUUCUGAAUGGGUUGCUGCGUCCGCGCCUUUGAUGUUUGGAAUAUUUCGAAAAGGUCUUUGCUUUAUGAAGCGGAAUAUGGACAAACGGGCUAUUUCUCAGGGGGCAGGUGACUGUGAUGGUAAUACAUUUUGGGGGGGUUGGGGUAAACGUUAAUUUACCUCUUCUGUAGCAGGUGGGAAUAUUAAAUAGAAUGGCCGUGAUAACGUUCAAUACAUACGUCUUGAGACCUUAUCCUCACCGUUCUUCAGGAAGAAACCUACGUCUUUGACUGGGCGUAACUAUUAACUUUUUUUGAAAAUAGAGUCUUUCACCGUUUACUUUUAUUUUAUUUUAUUUUAUUUUUUUUUUUUGCUUCAUUAAAGGGAAGAUCCAAGAGAUGUGAAGACAUUGGCUCAGCUCAUCAAGGCCUAUUCUCGAGUGAAUCCAAAGAAAGCAGAACAGUAUCCUAUUUUAUGAAUAUGAUGCGUCUGUUAGGAGUCUAACUUCAGAAAACAACCGACGUUUUUGCGACGCCACCACAGGUUUCCCUUCGUAAUGACGUCUGAUGAUGCGUCACUACCCUGCUUCUAAUUUUUCGUGCCUUAAGGGAACUUGUUCCCACCAAUAAGUGGCACUACCCAAAUCUGGGCAAGCCGUUGGUAUGGAAUUGCUGCGCUCGUUCCUCAGAUGUCAUUUCACCGGAAAACCAGAGAUGGUGUCGCGACAUGUCGGUUGUUUUCUUAGUCCAUAAGGGGCCUUUUAGUCUUGGUUUUAUUUCUAAACGUUGUAUUACUUUCUCACAUGAGGGAAUGAAAGAAAGCUAAAGCUCCUUAACCGCUGUUAUGAAACAGUUACAGUGAAAAGCUGACACCUCUGGACGCGAGUUCCACUGAUGCAGCGCUUGACGUUGAUAAGUUAGAGAUGUCCCACAAUGCCUUUGGGUCUCGGUAUGGUCGAUCCAGGGUUAAGCAGGAAGGCCGUGAUACAGAAAUGGAGGAACUGAGGUGGGUUUUGUGAAGACCGCAGACUCAGCUUUUAGACCGGUUAGCUAAUCUUCAAUAUCAUAAAAGAUUGAGUUUCAUGUUCCAAAACAAAGUAACAGUCGGAAAACACGAAUGUCUACAUUUCUGAUAAAUUAUGAUAGUGGCUUCACCGUGUUGCCAUGGGUGCAUUGAUAUUGAAAAAAACUGGUGCAAUCGAUUUCCUUAUUUGUUUGAAGCAUCGAGAGUAGCUAUGGUUACCGUUAAACGGGACGAGCCACCUUAAAAGAAGAGUGCUGGAAUCAAAUUAGGUUUUUGGCAAACUGCCCACCUACCCCUCCCCAAGCCAACAUUUGCACUUACUUCUCGCUUUGGGCAAAAGUUUGCUUAAGGGAGGGGUAGGUGGGCAGUUUCCCAGAAACCUAAAUUGUUUUAUAAUCAGUAAGAUGUUAACAGUGGUGCAACCUCGUUCCCAGGUUCUCUCUCUUGCUUCGAAGGGACGGGUAGAAGAGAACCCUGGGAACGAGGUUGAGAGUGGUAUUGUAAUAACAGUGUAAUAAGAUAUUUGUUUGGUGUAACAGGCAGGAUAUUAUCGUGAAAAGAAGAAAAAGAAAGCGAAAGAGAGGUAUGUACGCUACAUAAAGCCUCCUUCCUUACGAUCUGGUAAACGACCAGCGACAUGACUUAGUCACGUCUUAGACAUAUCCUUCAAUUAGCGUCGGCCUCCAAUCCGAUCCGAGAUCGUUAAAGCUUAUUGAAGUGUUUUUCUCAAGGAGAAAUGAACAAUGCGUUAAAGCUUAGCAACACAAAAUUAACUGUCGCAUUUUUGUGGAACAAAUGGUUCAUGCUACAGCUGUGCGUGUAUCGAGAUACGAAACACGCGAAGAGUUGGAAGGUUAGAAUCGUUGGUCGCUAAAAUAAAUAGGGGCAUUUAACUUACUGCGAUCGUUAGGAUGCGCAAAAAGAGCACGAAAACAUACUUCGGAAAACAGGGAAUGGUUACAGAAAAAGUUUCCAACCUAAUCGUUAUUUGCCCUAUAUAAUCGGGCCCGGGAUUCGCUUUGAAAAAGAGACUUAAGGUAACUCAGAAACGGACCUAUUGACUUGCGGAGUAAAGAGGAUCAAAUCUAUGAAAAUGUUCUCAUCUUUUCGUAGGAAAACUACCGAAAAACUACAAUUCCGAGGUUGAUCCGGACCCCGAGCGAUGGAUACCUAAAAGAGAAAGAACUUACUACAAGGGAAAAAGACAAAAGAAGGGCGCGUCUGUAGGUAGGUGACAGGUUGAGUGUAAUAGAGACUUUUAGAUUCGAGGACAAGGACGAGGAUGACUAGAAAGAUUAGAUUUCUAACAUUUGAUAACUCUUUAUUUAUUUAUUUGUUUGUUUGUUCGUUUGUUUUUUAGUCACUCACAUAACAAAACAAAAAGGUGUUACAAAAGGUGUUGAUUAAAAUUUAAGUUAAUGUGACAAGGAAGCCUAAAGAAGCUGGGAGCUUAUGUUAAAAGGCUUCCUUAGGCUAGAUUACUAAUUACUUACUAUCGUGCAGAGCGUACAGAAAACCUAAAACUUAAGCGACAGAACGACUAUCAAUAAGAUAAUUUUUCAGAUGUUUUAAAAAAACAAUUAUGGAAGAAGAGCUGGUUAGUGAAAUUGGCAACGAAUUCCUGAUUGAUGGUCCUCUAUAAAGGAUACCAAACUGCUUAAUAUUACUUCUGCAAAAAUGAGGUCUAUACAUUCUCCCUGCAACUCGUAGUAGAAUGAUGAAGGCCAUCGUGUUUUCGCGCCAAAAUGAUUCUGAUUCACGCGCGCGCUACUCGGUAUUGAGAAAAUCUCAUACUGAAGUCUUCCUCGUCGUAAAAUCUAAAGGUCCCUGAUAUUCAGUAACCUAAACCCGUACAUCAUGGACUCAAGUAUACAGUGUAUUUAUCAGGCUUCCUUGUAUUAUGGAGGUGCUGUUUGAACUUUUGUCAUGUCAGCGUUCGGUACGUUAGCAGUAUAGUACGUACCGGUUAUGCCCUCUUUCUUUCCUUGUAACUCCCUCUUCAAAAAAACGACCCCAUAUGUUGGUCGAGUUUGUGGUUGGUUUUCUUUUCUCCGAGCGGUUUUUCUCCAGGUACUCCGGUUUUCGCCUGCCCUUGAAAACCAACAUUUCCGGUAAAUUUCAACUCAAUCAGGAAUGGUACUAAUGUGGUUAAAGAACCACCAAAUGAUGAUAUGUCACCCUUAAAAGUCUUCAUUUGUUUAUUUAUUUAUUUUAUAUCUAGUUGGCCUUCGCCCUCAUAUUUAUGCAAUAACUUACGCACAGCGAAAUUCAGUACACCAGAACCGUUAACACCGCAGCGAGAUUGUUGAUCGAACUUAGAUUUCUAUGGUUACCCCCUACACUAGCUCCGUAAAUGCAAACCCCUUAAUAUGGACCACAAAGAGUCAUGUGCCUACUUUACAGAAGUGUCCGAAUAAUAAAGGUAGGUUUUUUGUGAAGCUGUCCUUUGGAACUGUCCGUCAUUGAGAGGUGUCCGUAUUAUAGAGGUGUCUAUAAGGACAGUUCGACUGACACUCCAAUCUUACUUGGUUGUCCUGAUACAGUCGUGACUGACGACGCUUUUCAGUAAGGGUGCUAAACCAAUGGCUCCCGUCUUUCUUUAAUAGUUUGUCCACCAAUUACGAUACGCUAACGUGUUUUAAGUUGCCUUAUCUUCCUUUUUACAGGUAAAGGAACGCAAGGUGCCGCUGCCCCCACAGAAUCGUAAGUUCUUCUUUCAAAGCCAAACCUUUUUAGAUAUAUUUUGUGGGGCUAAUAACAUUUUAAUGUACAUGACCACCUUCUGUCGGAGUUCAGACAAACGGCAUUGGAUUCUUUCCUCAUCUCUCCCUCAGAGUACUCAGAGGCUGCUUCUUAAUGCUAGUAUUGGAAAUAGUUCUCAAUGUUGGCACCGUAGGUAGAUAACCAGGUUUUGGUAUCAUCGCUCCCCCGAUAUUACAAAAUUUGACCAUCUCAAACUGAUCAACGAGCUUUAAUUUUUGCAAUCGUCGGGUGAUCCCUAAUCACAAUCCUUCUUGGCAUAAGAGUCAUACAUCUUUGGCUACAAAUUCGUGUGAAGAAUAUCUUCCGUGAAAGGUUUAAACCCAGGAGUCAUUCAAUAAGUGGGUUGAGUUUGAUCGUACUAGGACUGUUGUUGUUGACAGUGACUGACGUUUCGACAACCUAUGCGGUAGUCAUCUUCAGAGUCAAAGUAUGUUGUAUCACGUCAGUCGAUGGUAUUAAACUCUAGUUAUUGAUCUGAUUGGUCAAUUAAGUCGCGAAGUUAUUCGUCGUCUGUCAGUUAAGUAAAAAAACAUCUUCUAUUAACAAAUUUGCGGACACCUCGUCAUUACUUUUAUGUGACUGUCUACGAUUCUUAUUUUUCUAUUUCUUGUAGGUCAUCUAGUCCGAAAACACCCGGAAGUCCUAAACCCGCGUCUCCCCCGGGAACGCCAUCUUCAGGAGGUGCCGCCGCCAAUGUGGUGCCACCCAGACAACAGCAGCCCCAGGCAGCGAAGAAGAAACAGCGACCCAAGAAGAAGAAAGGGGGCUGGUGAAGUCAAAUGACUUGGUUAAUGUAUCAGGAAAAUAAAAUAGCAUUUAAUUUCUGGUCCCGUUUACAAGCAUGCAUUAUCUAUGUAUUUUUCUGAGUAGGGUACUUCUGUGAUCUCUACACCAAAAGUGGUUAACUGUCUACUUUGAAAAAAAAACUAUAAACAAC